UAUGUAUAUUUAUACAUAUAUAUCUAUAGUAAAUCAUUAUUUCUGUCCGAAUGAUAGUAAUCGUACCGUUAUUUUAUAUAAUCAAGAAGAAAAAGAUAGAAAGGUUGUAAUUCAAACCCUAUCUUUUGAUCUAUUAAAGGGAUGUUCAACAUUUAAUACUGUUCAUGUUAUUCUUCAAUCAAUACCGUUUAUCGUUAAAGAUACAAUCGAUUGCGGUAAAAAUAUCGUAUUAAAAUAUUCCUUGAAAAAUUCCAAAAGACUUCCAAGGUCGAGAGAACUAAACAGCUGCCCUCAAGAAUUAAUUGAACAGGUUAGCAAGAAACCUCUACGUGUUUCACUGGUCUCGAAGAAUCGUUAUGUUCAGCGUAAAGUGAAUAAUUUUAAAGACACUGAGGAGGAAACUAGUCCUAUACGACCUGCUAUCAACGAAUCUCUAUUAUUAACAGCUUUAGUAAUAAAUACUUUGGUUUUGAUAUCAUUAUGCCUUGGUUUUACUUGUUGCGCAACAAUCCACGUCCUAUCGAAUAGGAAUUAUGAGAAAAGGGAGGAAGAGUUAGUGAAUGAAAGUACAAAUGCGACUACCGCUCAAAUUGAUUUCUUAGUCAAGGCCCUUUCUCAACAGCAAAAGCACUUGUUAGGUAAACGGCAAAGCGAAUUUGAAGUUGGACCAAGACGAAGUAAUAAGCCUAAGCCUAAAUUAACCAACUCUAACAAAAGAGACGACACUUUCUGUUCAUUUAAAGAUGACGUUAUCUUUUAUCAGAAAUCAGAGAAAAAGGAAAAUGACAGGCAAGACUCUCAAAACCAAGGUCUAGACUAUUACGACGAAGUAGUACAAAAGAUUCAUUACCCAGUCGAUUCGGAUAUAAAAGCGAACCAACAUUUUAUCGAAAGGGAUUCAAACUCUAAAAGAGAUUCGAUAGUGAACAAGAAAAAUCUCCGUGAACAACAAAAGAAGUGGCCAAGAACUAAAGGUUUAGACGCAAUUUGGAGGCAGAUGAAGAGGACUUCAUUUCUAAAAUAGAUUAAAUGUUUCUCUAUUACUUUUAUUAUUAUUGUUUCCUACUCUUUAUCCUCUUCGUCUUCCGUCUAAAAUCAAGAACUUUAUUUUUCAACAAUAACAGCAACAAAAAAAAAACACUUAAAAGCUUUUUGUAAGCUUCUUUUUCUUUUUUAAAUAAUAACAAAGAAUAACAUAAAAUACAAAAAUUAAUCUGG